GGCCGGUCGCCCAAAAUGGCGGAUUUGGGGCUGUGGAGCCAGGGCUGGGCGUGGGUGCUCUCCCAGAAGCACCUCGUCGCCUGGGCGGGCUGCGGCCGGGACCUCGUCGACCGCCACUGGCCCGCCGUCGCCCGGGCCUGCGCCAGCUCCUCGCGCCUCGUGCUCGAGGCGCUCAGGCAGUGGCGGGGCUGCGCGGCCAGGGGCGUCCUCGCGCUCGCCAGCCUCGGCCCCGCCGCCGUCUUCGUCGUCCUCUGGAGCUGCUUCGUGUGCAUCACCUCGCCCGCCUGCGCCCUCUACGCUCUCCUUGCCCUGGGAGCUGUUGGGGCAGUCAUUCACUAUAUGGGCUAUACGCCUGGCCUUCUCAUUGUAGGACUGUUUGGGAUAAUGAUUAUGUGGAUGUAUGGCUACUUUUGGAUUACAGGAAUGCUUCUGGUUGCUGGAGGUUGUAUGUGCUCUUUGAAGCAUGCACGGUUUGUGAUACCUGUGUUGGCUAUGUAUGCUCUUUAUAGUGUGGCUGUUCGUGUUGGAUGGCUUGGAGUUUUCUCCACGCUGAACCUUUCUUUCCUUACAAAUGAUCUUCUCAACAAGUUGCUGCUAGGAUACGAGGGAAGCACAGAAGAGAGAACGUUUGAGGAAAUGAAGGAUUCUGAUCCAGCCACGGAUGCCUUCUUUGGUAGCCCUGAGUACCCUCCUACUCCGGACAGUGAACCAGAGACCGUGUCUUCUGCAAAGCCGUUUCGCUCAGAACCUACUCAAGAUGUGUUACAUGUACAAAAGGAGCCAUCUCCUAGUAAAAUAGUAGAAUCAGAUACUACUUCGUUGGAUGAGAUCAAGAGGAUAAUGGAUGGUUCGACCUAUUAUGAAGUUAUGGGUGUCCCUCGGAACUUGAGUAUUGAUCUGAAGGAACUGAGAAAUGGGUACAAAAGAAUGGCAAGACUUGUCCAUCCUGAUAAAAACAUGGGGAAUUCAUUGGCGUGCGAAUCAUUCAAAAAGCUUCAGUCAGCUUAUGAGGUACUCUCGGAUUUAGCAAAGAAAAACAGCUAUGAUGAACAGCUGAGAAAAGAAGAAUCACGUCAAAUGAAUCAGAGAUCACGCGUUGUCUCCCAACCGAGUGGGGUAGAGUUCAUCUCUGAAGAGUCCAGGCGUAUACAGUGCACAAAGUGUGGUAAUUUUCAUUUAUGGAUAUGUACGAAGAGAAGCAAAGCGAAAGCAAGAUGGUGCCAGGAUUGUUCUCAGUACCAUGUUGCCAAGGAUGGAGAUGGAUGGGUGGAAAAUGGAUAUUCAACAUCCUUGAAGAUACAAAUACCCCAAGCUUUUGUUUGUGCGGAGAGUAAAAUAUUCGAUGUGUCCGAGUGGGCUACCUGCCAGGGGAUGGAGUGCAAACCAAACACUCAUGGUCCAACUUUUAUGGUGAACAUGGUUGGCGCGGAUAGGAUGCCUCAGAGAUCCCACAGCUCUCGGUAUCCCUUCAGCUUGGACGCAGAGAUGAUCCCCGAGGACGAAUUCGAGAUGUGGCUCCAGCAGGCGUUAGCGACAGGCGUGUUCACCGACAGCCCGAAACGUAGGAAAAGCUGGAGCCCCUUCAAACUACCUCAGAAAGGAAUGAGAAGUUGGCGGCGAUCGUCAUCAGGGAAUGACAUUAAGUAGCAUGGCCGCCCGCAUGGGGCCUCAGGUGACAGUGACAUUGGGAAAAGGCAAAUAAUACAAGAGCUUGUAUUUGUAAAUAGACUGACCCAAACAUUGCCUGGAUAAGCAACUAAUUUUUUGUCCGAAAAGAGAAACAAGGAGCAAAAGGAACUCUUUACAUGGAAAGGCGGGGUGAAUCUGACUGUUCAAAUUAUCUUUUCUCUGCAAUGGAUACUCACGAGUUCUUUCGGAAAGACCAGGUGUUGGCUGUCCAGCGCACGAACUGCAACCUUAAGUGGUGCAUUGAUCGGCAUCUGAAUGAAUGCCAAGACACAUGCCUGGAUCGCCGGAGCAGGUUCUACGAGAAUUGAAGGGAUCUUUGUGAAACAUCAUUGAGAGGAUGCUUGUGUUCAUGGGGGCAGCAAGAGAAGUCUUUCUGGAGAACAGAAGGAAAGGAAGACUGGCUGCUGUGUAUACAAUCUUGCAUCAGUAAUGCAAACUGCUUUGUUGUAACAUUGUACACUGACACUGACAUCCUGUGAAAAACUCCCACAAUCUAGCUCUGUGUCGUAACACGCUUCUUGCACUUUGUAACUAUCUGGGGACAAAUAUAGCCAUCCUGGAUUGUCUCCUGUUAUCAUUUCUUGUUGCUGGAUACUUAAUACUGGUUAAUCUGACUUAACUGGACUUACCUGGGUGUCCUGAUAUAGAUCAAACAUGCACUCUAUUUUUAGCAUGGUUA